AUGCCCCUGACGCUCUCUGGGUCCCAGAUCCACGUCUACGACUACAACAGCGACGACGACAGCGAGGACAUGAGCCUCACGAGCAGUAUCGAGGUCGUGGACGACUCGGACUGGCAGCUCUGGGCGACGUGCGUUCACGGAGCUGGUGCCAUCGCAACGCAACGGCCGAACGCGCCCCGGACCUGA